AUGGCCGUCGCGGCGGGCGACGCCGCGGAGCCGCGGCCGGAGACGCCCGUGGGCUCGGACCCGCCGACGCCCUACCUCUUCAGCGGGCGCGAGGAGCGGCUCAAGGGCCUCAAGGAGAAUCUGACGGACAUCGACACGGGCAGCUACGCCGUGCCGGACCCGGCGCCGGGCGUCCGCUGGAACGGGAGCGACGCGUCGCCGCAGCGCCUCGACGGCGACGGCGCCGCGCCGCCGCCGCCGGACGCGCCGGAGGAGGAGGAGCCGCUCCCCGAGUGCCCGGGCACGCCCUACGGCAUGUUCGGGCGCCGCGUGGAUUUGAAGGGCGCGGCGGCCGAGGCCUUCCAGAAGCCCCGGGACCACGCGGGCCCGGACACGUGGACGCCGCGGCGGACGUCGAUCCUCGACGACGAGGGCGAGGGCGAGGUCGUCGAGAUGCGCCUCGCGAACCGCCUCGAGACGCGCGCGUUCCACGACGGCGUCGACCGCUUCAAGACGGACGCGCCGGCGCAGACGCUGACCGUCGGCCCCGCGCUCCGCCGCGUCGACCACCCGCUCAGGGGCCCGCUCAAGGCCGCGCUCCUGGCCUGCGGCGGCGGGCGCCUCGAGGGGACCUUCGCGCCGCGCGAGCGGCCCCAGCCCGACGAGCAAGCCAUCGCGGCCAUGGCGUCCAAGGCGUCCGCGCCGGUGACGCUCCACGUCUACGCCGUGGGCCACGCGUCGAACCUGGCGCACCUCGAGCCGUCGGCCCAGGCGCUGCUCGGCGAGGCGGGCCUGCUCCACGCGGGCCUCGAGGUCCUAGGCGACGAGUGGAGCUUCGGGCCGCGGGCGGGGCGGCGGACGGGCGUCUACGCGGGCCGGCCGCGGCGCGCGCCGGGCCACACGUACCGCCAGUCCGUCUACCUCGGCGACUGCAAGCGGUCCGAGGCCGAGGCGCGGGCCGCCGCAGACGAGCUCGGCGUGGGCCCGCUGCCGCCCUGGGUCGGUCGCUUCGCCCGGGCGGCGGCGCUGCUCGACGCCGACGCCGCGGCCGCCGUCGCGUCGCUCCACGGCGCCGACGAGGCCGCGGCGUCGCGGCUCCAGGCCGCCGCGCGGGGCUUCCGCGCGCGUUUGCCGCCGCGGCCCGAGGCCGCGCGGUCGCCGUCGCUCAACGGCAGCGGCCUCAGCUUCACGCCGCGCCUGCCCGAGGCCGGCGAGCCGGACUCGCCGGACGUCUUCGGCAAGGACGCGCCGAAGAUCAGCCCGAACGGCCCGCCGCCGCGGCGCGUCACGAGCAAGAAGGGCUCCAUGCUCUUCCAGAAGCUCGCCGCCGACUCCGACUCCGACUCGGAGCCCGUCUCGCCGAGCGCCAUGCCGACGCCGCCCUCGCCCCAGGCCUGGCUCCCGGACCCGGUGCCCAAGGCCGCCGCGGCCGCCUAG